CCGUCCCUGCCGCCGGGGCUCGGCGGGGGCUGUCGGCGGAUGAGCGCGGCCGGGCUGCGGCUGCGGCGGGCGAGGGAGCUGGUGGCGUACUGCCUGCUCCUGGGGCUGUCCUUCCCCCUCCUGCUGCUGCUGCCGCUGCUCUGAGAUGCGCCGGGCGGCGGCUCGUCCCCGCCGCGGGGGGACGGGCGGGAGGAGCCGGCGGGAGCCCCGCUCCGCUGCCCGGCGCUCGGCCGGCGGCAGCCCCAGGGCCUGAGGCGCCGCGGCGGGGGACGCGAUGAGGAGCUCGGGGCGGGCUUUGCGGCGGUGACAGCCAGCCGGUGCCAUGCCUCCCCGCCCCGGCUGAGGAGGGAACCGGGCAGCGGAGGGGAGAGGGGAACGCCCGGCUGAACCGCGGCGUCGCAGCUUCCACCUUUUCGCCUUCCCCAGCCGGGCUGCGGCGGGGCGGAGUGUGUCCCCUCCGGCUUGCCGUGCGGGGCGGGGAGGCGGGCCGGGAAGUGGAGGCGGGGGGGGGGGGGGGGGGGGCGGCUGAGAUGGGAGAGAGCAUGUCCAAGAGGCUGAAGCUGCAGCUGGGCGGCGAGGCGGAGAUGGAGGAGCGGGCUUUCGCCAACCCUUACCCUGACUACCAGCCCCACGCAGCCGCGGCCGCCCCCGGCGCGGCGGACGCCCAGCGGGACAAGGCGCCGCUGCCGCCGGACGAGGAGUCCCUCCCCUUCGGCGCCGAUGGGAAGGUCAGUGCUCAGUUCUCAAAACGGAUCCAGGCAAAAAUCAAGGACCUUCUGCAGCAAAUGGAGGAAGGGCUGAAGACAGCAGAUCCACAUGACUGCUCUGCCUAUACUGGGUGGACUGGUAUUGCCCUCUUAUAUCUGCAACUGUACCGCGUCACAAAAAACCAGAGCCAUUUGCAGCGAUCUCUCGAUUACGUGAAGAGAAUCCUUCGCAAUCUGAAUGGCAGAAGAGUUACUUUCCUCUGUGGUGAUGCCGGGCCACUGGCAGUGGGUGCGGUGGUUUAUCACAAGCUGAAAAAUGACAGUGAAUCUAAAGAAUGUGUUGCCAGGUUGUUACAGCUCCAAAGGACGGUCAUAAGCGCAGACGCUGAACUCCCAGAUGAGCUGCUUUAUGGCAGAGCAGGAUACCUGUACGCCUUGCUGUACCUGAAUACUGAAAUCGGUCCGGACACUGUCCCACAGUCUGUUAUCAAAGAGGUGAUAGAUGCUAUUAUUGAAUCGGGGAAAAACUUUUCAAAGGAGGAACGGAAAACAGACCGUUGUCCUCUGUUGUACCAGUGGCACAGGAAGCAAUACGUUGGAGCAGCCCACGGCGUGGCUGGGAUCUAUUACAUGCUCAUGCAGCCAAUUGCAAAUGUGGACCAGGAGACCCUGGCAGAGCUGGUGAAGCCAAGCAUUGACUAUGUGCGUCAUAAAAAAUUCCGAUCUGGGAACUACCCAUCGUCGCUGAGCAAUGAGACUGACAGACUGGUUCAUUGGUGCCAUGGUGCCCCUGGAGUCAUCCACAUGCUCAUGCAAGCUUAUAAGACUUUUAAGGAGGAUAAAUACUUGAAAGAUGCUGUGGAUUGCAGCGAUGUCAUCUGGCAAAGAGGUUUAUUGAGAAAAGGAUAUGGGAUCUGCCACGGUACUGCUGGCAACGGCUACUCCUUCUUGUCUCUCUAUAACCUAACUCAGGACAAAAAGUACCUCUACCGAGCUUGCAAGUUUGCUGAAUGGUGCUUGGAGUAUGGUGCACAUGGGUGUCGUAUUCCUGACCGACCUUAUUCUCUCUUUGAAGGCAUGGCUGGAGCUAUUCACUUCCUCUCAGAUAUUUCAGUACCGGAGACAUCCCGGUUUCCAGCGUUUGAACUUGGACCUCAAAGGAGGGAAGACAAAGCGGAACAGGACAGCUAAAAGAUCGUUUUGAAAGGAAACCGAUGCCAAAAGAGAUGAGACUGUUUAGUGCCUCUGAUCCUGAACCGACUCAACCCUGAACAGAUGUAUGGAUAAACCCCUUUCCCCCCCCGCCCCUCCCUGCCCCGAAGGACCACCAAGUCAUUAGAGCAUGGGCGAGAGAAGCCGCAUUUAAGUUCUGUUCCAGUGACACGCUCAGACGCAGGACAAGAGAAGUCAAGUUUUGAACUUUCUCUCUCCCCUCGUAUUUGUUGUCUUCAGGUCUUUGCCAUGCUCUGCACGUGUAUCGGUGUCGUGUGUUGAUCUGAGUCCUUUGUCGUUAGCCAAAAGCUGGUGUCUCUGUGAAUCUCUGUCCUGUACCUUCGUGCAUGACUGGCAGCGGCAGCGGUGCCUCUGCAGCGUGCUUACCUGGAGAGAGGGGUCGCUGCAGGACGGUGCCCAGCUCCUCUGGUGAGCUGGCAACUUUCGAAAGAGAUGAGAAACGUUUCUCUGUUCAUAUUUUUCUGCAUUUUUCUCCACAGUCCCUAGAAGCUAAGGUGAUGGAGGUCAGCCUUUUUUUGAGGAAGAGGUGCGAGGUUGGUGAAUUCCAAGCUCUGCAGGUUGGAAGGGACCUGACUUGCCUUUUGCUGCUGUUGGGGGAGGUUUUUUUUUUUGAAAGCCCAAAAGAGAGGCCGCCGCUGACACCCGCACGCGGUGAGCGCGCGAGGCCCUUACAGCAGGGUGGAGAUGCUUCCCCCCCUCCCCUGCCAAGCCCCGUCCCGUGGCACAGCGUCAGCUGGAGGUGGAGUCCCCCCGGCCAAACCGGCUGCCGCCGCCAGCGGAGCAGGGACACCGUGACUCUCGCCGCUCCCCUCCCGGCCGCGGGUUUGUAACAAGCCCGUCCUGCAGCACCCAGUGUGGCACCGAGGAAGAGGAGGGCGUCCGUCUCACGCCGGUAACUCCGGAUGACCUGUUGCUCCCCAGCCGAGGAGGUUGGUUGUCCUGGGCCCUUCUGUCCGGCUGCCAGCCCCGCCGCACUCAGCCCAGGUACAACGGGAGCCGCAAGUACCAGCCGCUCGUGGAGGCUGCGGGAGCUGAAUGAGCAGUGUGAAACCAGCGCUCGAGGCUGCCACUGAAGUUCGUUUCAGCUGAAAAUCCGGACGGAAAAAAGCCCUUUUGCCCUCAGUUUUAACUGUGCUGCUGGUGCUCUGCUCCCCCUCGUGGCGUGGGAGGGGGGUGUGUGAAAUACCUAACCUCCCUCCGGGUGCGCCUGAGGUUGGGAGGAGCCGUGCUCUGAGCGUGCUCACCGCAGGCUUAACGUGUCCGGGGAGCAAGUGCUGGAGGCAGGCGAGUCAGUGCAGCUACGCUGGCUGGCACCGGCUCUGCUGUCAGCCCCCCCCCAGGUCUCCCCCUGCUCUCUCGUUGUUCCAGGUGCUUAUUUUAAUUGCUGCUGGGUGGGAGCGGGCUGUGCGGCGGAGCCCGAGCUCGGGGGGGGGGGGGAUUUGGUGGUUGGGCUGGGGGAGGCCAGAACCCCUGCGCAGCAGCGGGUGGCUGCGCCAAAUCCACCGGCGGGUGAAUCGUCUGCACGUUCCGUUCUGGGCGACAGCAGCAGCACCGGGGCAGGAACAGCUUAAAGUUGCUGCUCUGCUGGUUUGUCGCGUGGGACUGAAACACGAGGGGGGGGGGGGCUCUUCCACCCCUCUGGCAAAGGGCAGGAGAUGGGGGGGGGCAGGGCGUCAAACCCAGGGGUUUCUUCCUUCAGGCUGUGGAUCACUGAUCCUGCCCCCAGAAGAGCCGGGGAGGGACCUUGCCCAGGUCGAAGUCUCACAGGAAUUCUAACAAAGGAGGUGGAUGGCAGCUCUGACCCUGUUUCACAUCACCCCCCCCACACACCCCUUUUUCCCUUCCCCUCUGCUGCGACUGCGGGGGGUGGGUUAAGGGGGGAAGGGGUUUGCCAGGUUUGCAGGAACCACCUGCAAACACGGAACAGAAGCCACCGGCCUUGCCGGCAAAUUCCAAGCCCGUGUUGUCCUGACUGCUUAAUCAGGAGGGCAACAGGUGGGGGGGGGGGGUUUCAUUCGGUGAUUGUGUUACACACACGGCUGCUUGGCUGCUGAGCUUUGAGCGGCACCUGGGGGAGGUGAUUUUGGCCAACUGGAUCCCAAGGGGAAUUAAAACGUGCUGGUUUGAAAAAUAUAUAGGCAUGUAGGGCAGCUUAACACUGAGCGCAUCUCCAAGAUGCUCGAGCGCACCCGUGGAAAUAAGGAGCGAGUCAGCUACCCGCUCCUUCCAGGCCGUGGGCAGCCUUGUGCUGCCGUGGGGCCGGGACCCACCUCUCGGCAGGAUCCUCUUGGAACCGAGCGCAGCUGGGGAUGUGAGGCAGCGAGCUGGAAAGCACGACUGGCCCGGAGGCCCCUCCCUUCUGCUCGUCCGGCGGCCCCUGAAGAAAGGAUGUUGUGUGAGGGUGAAAAAGUGCAUUUCGCCAAGGGCGUUGUUUCCAGAAAUCACAUCAGACUAAAAACGUGGAAAAUGUCGUAGUAUUCCCUGGUUUGCUUUGUCCGUGUGUAAUAGUCCAUCCGUUGCAAAAAAGCAGUAGUGUUAAAAACGGAGCUGCUCUUCGAGCAGAAAAAAAGAGGAAAAAGAAAAAAACGCCGAUGUUUUGUUCUUUGGCUUUAUUAGUAAAGAUCAAGCUGUGUGGUGGUAA